UUAAAGUAAAGCCGCUGUGAGACGAGAGCAAAGGAAGGAGUAAAAGAGUAUCAGACACACUGACGUCGCUUCUUGAGGUGUUUCCUGAGAAAACGGUUGACUUGUAGACCUCCAAACAUCAGAAAAGUCUGAAGCGACGUCUAGGAGGAGAGGAGGAGACGUGUGGAGGAGACAGGAGGAGAAUCCAGCUGUCCUAAACUUAAGAGAAACAGAGAGAAAGAGAAACAUCUGUAGAGGGUUUUGCAGCUGAAAUGAUGAUGUACUUUUGGAGUAAACAGAGAGAGCGAGGGAAGCCGUGUCGAGCUCAGACCAGCCGAGCUGCGUUGUGCUGACAGCAGGACGAGAGACAGACAGAUAGAGACUGAGAGAGAGAGAGACAGCAGUGUGUGGUGUUAAAUGUGGAAAUCGUCCUCUCUGAGCUCUAUGGCAAACUCUGCAUGCGUGCUGCUGUCCGGCUCCGGGAUGCUGCCACACUCGCUGCACGCGCCGCCUGCCUUCCUCUACUUGUCCGAGGGUAAUCAGGAGGCCAGCAAUCCGGCGGACGCGAUGGCCCAGACUUACACCCCGCAGUUCGCUCAUCCCCCACAGAACGGCAUCCCCGCAGAGUUCACCGCGCUUCCCACGCAAGACUACGCAGGGCAGAACCGCGUGCCGGAUCACGGCCUGGCGCUCUACACGCCGGCACAGACUCACAGCGAUCUGGCCAACGCCGACAGCAACACGCCAGCCAUCAGCAGCAGCACCAACACAGCAGCGACAGAAGACGUGACGCAAACAGAAGUUUCCCAGCAGGUGCCGCAUUCAGAGUCCACGGAAAAACAGCAGCCCAAACGGUUACACGUCUCCAACAUCCCCUUCCGCUUCCGUGACCCGGAUUUACGGCAAAUGUUUGGGCAAUUUGGGAAGAUCUUAGACGUGGAGAUUAUCUUUAAUGAAAGAGGAUCAAAGGGCUUUGGCUUUGUAACUUUUGAAACGAGCACAGACGCAGAUCGCGCACGGGAGAAACUAAACGGUACAAUCGUAGAAGGACGUAAGAUCGAGGUGAACAACGCCACGGCAAGAGUGAUGACGAAUAAGAAAGUAGUAAACCCAUACACAAACAGCUGGAAACUCAAUCCGGUGGUAGGAGCUGUGUACGGACCAGAGCUUUACGCAGUGACUGGUUUCCCGUAUCCCGCGGCAGGAGGGACGGUGGCGUACAGAGGCGCUCAUCUGCGGGGCAGAGGUCGUGCCGUUUACAACACCUUCCGUACGGCUCCUCCUCCUCCACCCAUCCCGGCGUAUGGCGCGGUGGUGUAUCAGGACGGAUUCUACGGCGCGGAAAUCUACGGUGGAUAUGCGGCGUACAGAUAUACUCAGCCUGCGACGGCUACAGCGUACAGCGACAGUUAUGGGAGAGUCUAUGCAACUACUGACCCAUAUCACCACACUAUUGGCCCGGCAGCCACCUACAGCGUGGGGACCAUGGCGAGCCUGUACAGAGGAGGCUACAGCCGCUUCACGCCCUACUAGAGAGACUAAACCACUGAUUACGCAAACUAACACACAAAACCACUAGACUCGUUCUGCUACACGGAGUGCGAUUUCAAACUAAAAUGCUUCCAGGUCACCCAAUGACCUCAUCCCGACAACAUUCUCUCAAGUGGACGUUGUGGAAAUCAAUGGGAAAAUCAGAAGAGCAGCUCAUAAAUGUGAAGUUGAUGUCAGAUUUUUUGACUUUUUGAUUUUAGACAUUUUUUUAACAUUGGAAAUGUUUUUGCAUUUGUGUUUGGUCUGCAAAAGCAAGGACGGAAUUACGAAAGGUGUUUUCAGAUGGGUCCAUUAGAUGUUUGUUUUUCAUUAUUGAUCAUUUUGUUAUGUAUAUAAGCUGCUAGUGUGAAUUCAGACAUGAGACAAAAAUAUCUCAGGACUUUCUUCAAUUUUUUUCUGAAUACAAAACCACCCCAGCAGAUGUCCAGAUUGACUAUAUCUCACCAGAUAUCGCCAGCAUAUUCUAGUCUCUGUGGUCUGAAACCGUGCGUUUGCUGUAUGAAUAAGCUGUUCUUGUUUAGUUGCUGGGAUUUUAUUUGAAGGGCUUCUAUGCAUGUUGUUUCAGAGAUGAGAGGACUAGUCAUGUGUUCGGUCCUCUCACGUUUGCACUAACAGAUUUACCUCUGUACACAGUGAACAGGUUCAGCUCAUGCUAACUAAUGCUGAGUGCUUGUACUUUAACAUCUAAAAGAUUAAACCAUCAUUUCAUAUACAGAAAUAAUACUAACAGAGACUUUGGGAGCAAUAUGUAGAGAGAAAGAAUUUUAAAACCAAGGAGAAAUAAUUCAUGAAAGUAUAAGUAAACUUAUUAGCCCAUGGUGGGAUUUAAAGAUAUAUACAAAGAAUUUUAAGAAUAAUAAAAAAAGUUAGACUUAAAGUAUAAAAGGAGACAUGGGGAGAUUUAAAGAGAUUUACAGAGAAUCUUAGAAUUAAGAAACGGAUACAUGAAGAGGUUUAAGUGGACAUAACGAUAUAUGGAAACAAUAGAAAUAGUUAGAUUUAAGGCAAGACACUGUGGGAAAACCAAUGUUUUUCAAGCACUGUUCAAUUCACACUGGUAGAAAGAAAACAUCCAAAAUACACUUAUUAAGUGUUUAUUUUACUACACGUUUUUAUUUGCAUCUGUAGAUUUCAAUUACAAUAUAUAUCUUUAGGUUUUCUCAAAAUGAGUUUUUUCCCCCCUUAUGUUUUACUUACAUACACAAAACUUAACAGUUUUAUUCCUAUCUAUAUUCUGAAAGAUUUUACAGAGGGGUUUGUUCAUAUGUCAUUCGCUUGAUUUUAUUAUUGCACUUUAACUAUUUGCGUUUGCAGUUUUCAAUUAUAAUGCAGAUCUUUAAAGGCUGUUUGUUAAAAAUUAUGUUGUUUCUCCACUUCAGGAGCACUUAUAAACACCAAAUUUUACAGUUUUAUUCCUUUCUAUAUUCUGAAUGUUUUUACAGAAGGGUUUGUUUGUAUAUUAUUUGCUUGAUUUUAUUAUUGCACUUAACUAUUUGGAUCUGUAGUUUUCAAUUACAUAUCUUUAAAGGCUGUUUUCUCAAAAUGAGUUUGUUCCUCCACUUCAGCAGCACUUACAAACACCAGAUUUUACAGUUUUAUUCCUCUCUAUAUUCUGAAGGUUUUUACAGAAGGGUUUGUUCAUAUAUAUUUUGCUUGAUUUUUAUUAUUGCACUUUAACUAUUUGCAUCUGUAGUUUUCAAUUACAUAUCUUUAAGGGUUGUUUUCUCAAAAUGAGUUUGUUCCUCCACUUCAGGAGCACUUACAGACACCGAAUUUUUAAAGUUUUAUUCUUUUCUAUAUUCUGAAGGUUUUUACAGAAGUGUUUGUUCAUAUAUAAUUUGCUUAAUUUUAUUAUUGUUGUUUGUUUGCUAAAGGCUUUGUUUUUCCAUUUUAGCAGCACUCACAUACACCAAAUUUUACAGUUUUAUCACUCUCUAAAUUCCAAACUUUUUCACUGAGGGGUUUGUUCAUCAUUUGCAAUGAUUUAUUUACCCUUUUAUUUCUAAAACCAUGCUAAAAUGUUUUUUUUUUUUUUCUAUCCGUUGGCAACAUUUAUUCAGUAGUACUUGUAUACGCCAAAUUUAACAGUUUUAUUCUUGAUUUUAUUAUUGCACUUUCUCUAUUUGCAUCUGUAGAUUUCAAUUACAAUACAUAUCUUUAAAGACCAUUUUUCAAAACAGGUUUGUUUCUCUACUUUAGCAGCACUCACACACACCUAAUUUUACAGUUUUAUUCCCAUCUAUAUUCUAAAGGUUUUUAUAUUCUGAGGUGCUUGUUCGUAUAUCAUUCAUACUUAUAUAUAUUACAUUUUAUUCCUAAAAACAUGAUAAAAAUGGCUGUUUUUCUGUCUCUUUAUUAUACUUUCUAAUUUAUGGAGUGUCAAAAAUCCCUUCUGUAAAAACCUUUAACUCUAAUAUGUCAACAAAAUCAAACCAAAAAAAUUAACCUGGCUUUAACCAGUGUUAAGAUUUACUGAAAACUUGUAAUACAAUGCAGCAGUCUUAAUGUACUGUAUGUAUAGUGAUAUAUUAGCUCAAUUUUUUACUCUGUCCAUCUGUAGUGUCUUGCCUUCAUAAAACAUACUGGCAUAAAGAAUGAUAGGAAAAUAUAAAGAAAUACAUCGAGACAGGAAAGGAGAUGUAAGGAGAGCAGCUGUCUGCGGAGAGUUACUUAUCUUCAUCAGAUGUCAUGAGAAGGUCCUACACUUCCUUUUCCACUCCAGACCUUCAGUCUGAAUGCAUUCAUAAAUUAAAUGUAAAUCGGUUCAGAGUGAAUGUCUCUACCUCACUGAUUUAAAUGCAAAACAUAGAUAGAGACCUUAAGUAGUGCAACAUUUGUAAGGCUUAAGAUGGAAACUCUAGAUCACAUCCCUGAGCUCAUGUUAUGAUGCUUUGAACUGAAUUCAGCUCCCAUAUGCUGUAAAAUUUCAUUUGAUUUAUAAAAUUAGGGCUAUAUCCUUAAGGUCUAAGUCAAAACUGAACUUUGAGUGAUAUGGCUCAUGCAAAAGGGCCUUUGUGCUUAAAAUGUGUAGUCAAAGUUAACAAUGUUUACACACAAACAUAUCAGCAGAAUCUUUAAGAACUUUUGAUUUUUGCAUCUGUUAAUGUCACUGUCACAUUCAUACUUCUACCAGCUUACAACUUACAACAACUUAUUUCUACCAGCUGAAGUGCAGGGUGUUCUUGAUUUGCUGUCUGUACAACCCCGUUUACAUCUGGCUUUAAUGUGUUGUUAUUAUUUUUUUUUUUAUGAUCCCUAGGGUUUGCUGUUCUGAGAGAGUUCUUGUCAUUUUUCAUUGUGCAAAAAUUGCAUCGUCAAUUUCAGUUGCAUCUUCUCUGAAAGGAAAUUCCAUCACAUUUACAAUCCAGUAUAAGACAUGUUUUUGCACUGAAUUACAGUAAAUGUAAGUCUCCAGCAGACAGCUGCCCUCUGUAUUCCUCUCUGUAUCACCUGCACUUGUUUUUCUGCUUUGACCUGUUAAUGCUGCUGCUGAUGAUGUUCAACCAGAAGGAGCCUCUGUAUAUGUGAAAGAUGUGAUUUGUUUUUAUUUUCACUCUGUCGACUCACGUUAAUGUACAAAGUACCAGCAGAAGGUAAACUAUACAUAAGACAUUUGCUUAUUGUUUUAAAAUAUUAUUAAGUACAUGAGGGGUCAUAUGAGAUUUUAGUGUGUCAUAUAAUUAUUCUGCAGCUUAUGAAGUCAACAUAUCAGCACAAAGAUUGAUAUGAUUAUUACUCACAUCUAUGAAGUCUUCAGGUCUCGACUCAUUCAGACCAGCAUGUUUACCUGCUGUUUACGCAAAAAAAAAAUAAUAAUAAAAUAAAUAAAUAAAUAAAUAAAAGAUACUUAGAGUUUAAAAAAAGAAAAGAAAUGAAAAGGACAAAAAGCAAAAAAGUUGUAAAUAUAUGUGUAUAUACUUAUAUAACAUAUAAUUCUCUUCCUAAACGUUUCAGUACGCAUAUAUAAUGGAUUUUAUGUUUGUCAGAAAUGUUUUAUUCUUUAAGCUUUAUGUAAUUUAUUUUGUUUAAAGAGUUUUGUCAAAAGUACUUUGGUUUAAUAUAUUCAACACUGUAUAUGACGUGGUCUUUUUUUUGCAUAUGAAAAUAUUUGAUGUUUAUAUAUACAAGUUCACUAUAAUACAUGAAUAUGUCUACAUAAAAUAAA